AUGGAAUACAUUUCAAGAUCAAAUAUAGCAAAAAUGUUCGGCAACUAGUUUGUGAAAGCCUCAACAACAGAUAAGUGUAAGAAAUUAGUUUCUUGGAGUUGGGAAAUGCUUGGUUCACUUUUAAUUAUUAUGGGAAGUCCAUUGUCAGUAAAAAGUCUCAAGAAUAUCGAUGAAUGUGAUUCAUCGAAGUCUAUUGAUAAUAAUAGAUAAAAGGAAUUCACUUUAGUGUUGGAUCUUGAUGAAACCUUGAUUCAUUCAGAACUAGAAAGAACUUCUAUAGUAGACGAAGAAAUUAUUGUAAAAAUAGGAGAAAAUAUUGAAAAAUAUUAUAUUAAGGUGAGACCUUAUGCUAGAGAGUUUUUAAAAAGCCUUUCUUAAUUGUUUGAUUUGGUCAUAUUUACAGCUGCUUUAAAAGAGUACGCUGAUAAAGUUAUUGAUUUUUUAGACCCAUGUGGAUUUAUCAAAAGAAGAUUCUAUAGAGAUGUAAUAUAAAAUAUAUAAAAUUAGAGUUGUACAAAAAAGGAUGGUGUUUAUUACAAAGACUUAACAAAAGUGAAUUAAAAUUUAGAGAAGACUUUCAUAAUUGACAAUUCAUUGUCUGGAAUGCAAUUAAAUUUAUGUAGAAAUAUAUUUUAUUCUAAGCAAAUGGAAUGUUGAUUAAGUCAUGGUAUAAUGACACUAAAGAUUAAGAAUUAAAGAAAUACUAAAACAUGAUAAAAAAUGGGAUUAAAUAAGGAGAUAAUGUUGUUACUUGCAUAACUGAGAUGAAAAGCAAGUAUCCAAAUAAUAUUUUGAAUUGA